GAGGGUAAUUGUUACAUGACUUCUGGAAAAGUAGCUUCGCUGUUGUAUUCUUUUAAAGAACCAACUGAAGUCAUUGUUAAAUAUGAGUUCCGAAACAAUGAGAAUUAUUUUAAAAUGGAAAAUAUCAAAGAAAAAAUGAUUGUUGAUCUAUCAAGUGAUAACGAAGUUGAGGAGGCAUUCGAUAUUACGUAUGAGCCAAUGGAGGAUGAUAAUACCUAUAUUUUACAUGAAUUUGAGAAUGAUGGUAUUUUUGGCUGGGAGACGAUAGUUAGUGAAUCUUGCGCAAGUAAUCAAAAACAACAAGUUUUGCAUAUUCCCGCAAGUACUGCUAGGAAGGUUUUCAAAGAUCGGAAAAGUGUUGUCAUUAGAACUCUACAUGAAUUGGAUGGAAUUGAAUGCAGUAUUUUCACAUACACUAGGAAGGACAAAAAAGGUAGGAAAGAGAUGCAUUUGGGUGGAGGAUGGCAUGCCUUUAAGAAAGCUAAUCAACUAAGACAAGGGGACAAGCUUCAGUUUCAGGUGUCUGAUCCACCUGAUGUUCUUAUUGUUGAUAUUGUUCGUUGUGGCUGUUGAAAAGUGGGGGAUUACAGUGAAUUCAAUAUUUGUGCUUCUACAAAUUCUAUUGACUAAGUAUUUUGUAUGGUUUUUAGUGGCAUCCUAAUGUCGUGGACUUGAUGUACUAAGCUUAUUUGAUAGAUUUUUAUUGUCUAAUGAAUUUGUAUGGUUUCUAGUAGCAUCCUAAAUAGUUAUUUUGUAGACUUGAUGUAUUGUGCUUAUUUGAAAGAUAUUUAUAUUUGUAUUCCUUUAAUUAGUACUGAUUAGUUGGUAUUAUGG